CCGCGGCCUCAGCUGGGCGCUGCGAGGGGCGUGGGCGCUCGCCGCGCUCGCAGCGCUCUGGGAGGUGCGGGCCAUGGCUCAGGCCCUGGCCCCCGGCCGGGACCGUCCGAGCCGGAAGAGUGAGGACGGCUGGGAGACCCGGGGGGACCGCAAGGCCCGGAAGCCCCUGGUGGAGAAGAAGCGGCGCGCGCGGAUCAAUGAGAGCCUCCAGGAGCUGCGACUGCUGCUGGCGGGCGCCGAGGUGCAGGCCAAGCUGGAGAACGCCGAGGUGCUGGAGCUGACGGUGCGGCGUGUGCAGAGCACGCUGCGGGGCCGUGCGCGCGAGCGCGAGCAGCUGCAGGCGGAAGCAAGCGAGCGCUUCGCGGCUGGCUACAUCCAGUGCAUGCACGAGGUGCACACGUUCGUGUCCACGUGCCAGGCCAUCGAUGCCACUGUCGCCGCAGAACUCCUGAACCACCUGCUUGAAUCCAUGCCUCUGCGCGAGGGCAGCAGCUUCCGGGAUCUGCUGGGGGACGCCCUGGCAGGGCCUCCGGGAGCCCCUGGGCGCAGUGGCUGGCCCACGGGAGGAGGGGUCCUGGGAUCCCCUAUGCCCAGUUCCCCAGGCCCCGGGGACGACCUGUGCUCCGACUUGGAGGAGGCCCCCGAGGCUGAACUGACCAGAGCUCCUGCUGAAGGGCCAGAGUUGGUGCCAGCAACCCUGGGCAGCCUCACCGCUGCCCGCAUAGCCCAGAGCGUCUGGAGGCCUUGGUGACUAACACCACCCCGGCUUUUGCAAGGAUGGGUGUGGCCUUCCCUUGCUCUGUUCCCUCCUCCCUGUGGUCCACAGGUGGUGGGGCUGCCCCCCCCACCCCUCCCCC